CAGAGGUGCCAAGAUCCACAUUUGCCAGUCCCUGAAGACCUUAGAGCGGGUACGGCCCGGUCGGAUGCGUCGCGAGCUACUGCUGAUUAGGUUUCUGUGAUGCCGCGAUGCCGUGCUCGCGGGACCCCUUGGCAAGCUGGAAGAUGUCAAGAGGCUUUCUUGACAUGCAGCAGAGAUUUGCCCUGCCUUGCCCCCCCGCUGUUAUGCCAGCGCCGCCGGCCGGCGGGAGGGGCGAGAAGAGAAGCAGUGUGUGGGUGUGGGCGAUACCAGCCUGCCUGCCAGCCACAUCAGAAGCGGCCGCCUGCGACUUUUUGCUGAUGAUGCACCAUUCCAGUCUUCGCCUUGCGGCCCCGCCCUCUCCGCCAACCCAAACCCUGCAGCUUUUCGCGCCGGCUUUUAUUCCACCUCUGCCUUGACGGCACCCUUAGAAUGCCGCAUUGACGUUGUGCCCCAGGUAAACAGAGGAGGGAAAUAGAAACGAAGAGAGGAGAGACGUGGCUCUUGGUUCAGACGAUACAAUUGAGUAGCGGCCCUGACAUCUCCUGCAUUCGUCACUUGGUGGUUGUCAGAGAGGGACUUGGCAGGCGUGUGUGUCCAGA